AUAAGUUCAGCAACUUCUGUAGGAGAAGGAAGUCUGCAGUGAGCAACAGGCUUUUAAACUUUAAAAAGACACACACACUCUUCCAAGAGCUCCCUGGAGUUUGUUUUCAUCUGGCUGGAUCUGAAAGGUUACAGCUUUGAAGGAUGGGUGACUGGAGUGCCUUAGGAAGACUCCUUGACAAAGUCCAGGCCUAUUCCACUGCUGGAGGAAAAGUAUGGCUGUCCGUUUUGUUCAUUUUCCGCAUCCUUCUCUUAGGGACAGCAGUAGAGUCAGCAUGGGGAGAUGAACAGUCAGCAUUCACAUGCAACACUCAACAACCUGGUUGUGAAAAUGUGUGCUAUGACAAGUCAUUUCCAAUUUCCCAUGUACGAUUCUGGGUUCUUCAAAUUAUAUUUGUUUCGACACCCACUCUAUUAUACUUGGCUCAUGUCUUUUACUUAAUGCGUAAGGAAGAAAAACUCAACAGAAAAGAGGAAGAACUUAAGAUGGUUCAAAAUGAUGGCGGUAAUGUGGACAUUUACCUCAAGCAAAUUGAAAUAAAGAAAUUCAAAUAUGGUCUUGAAGAACACGGGAAGGUUAAAAUGCGUGGUGGCCUACUUCGUACCUAUAUUAUCAGCAUCUUAUUUAAAUCAAUUUUUGAAGUUGGUUUCAUUGUUAUCCAAUGGUACCUAUAUGGGUUUAGCCUAGCGGCUAUCUACACUUGUAAAAGAGAGCCCUGCCCACAUCAAGUUGACUGCUUUCUUUCUCGCCCCACUGAGAAAACCAUUUUUAUUUGGUUUAUGUUGGUGGUGUCUCUAGUAUCUCUAGGACUGAAUAUUAUUGAGCUGUUUUAUGUCACUUUCAAACAAGUCAAAGAUGGAAUUAAAGGUAAGAAAGAUCCUUAUUCCACCACAAGUGAUGCAAAUCCUACAAAGGACUGUGGCUCUCCUAAAUACGCUUAUUUUAAUGGUUGUUCUUCUCCAACUGCACCUAUGUCACCACCAGGUUACAAGCUUGUUACUGCAGAUAGAAAUCAAUCCUCCUGUCGUAAUUUCAACAAGCAAGCAAGUGAACAAAACUGGGCUAAUUAUAGUGCAGAACAAAACAGAAUGGGCCAAGCUGGAAGCACUAUUUCAAACACUCAUGCACAGCCAUUUGAUUUUCCGGAUGAUCACCAGAAUGGCAAGAAAGUAGCACCAGGACAUGAAAUGCAACCUCUCAGUAUAUUGGACCAUAGGCCUUCAAGUAGAGCAAGCAGUCAUGCAAGCAGCAGACCAAGACCUGAUGACCUUGAAAUCUAGCUCACUUUCUAUGUUAGAAGGCAAAUUUGUUCCAUGGAGGAGGUACUUCACAGUCUCAAAAGAGAAAUUGAACAGACUAAUAGACUUUAUAAAAUAACUUUUUCUUAUAAUGUGGGAGGUACACAUUGAUAUUUAAGUAAAUGAUUGUAUCCUUUAUUUCAUCAAAGUAUAGUAACAUACAAUGACAUAUGAUCAAAGAUAUUGUUAAACUGAUGGUGGAUCCCAUACUACUUGCAUGAGGAGGAAUUUCUCAUGAGCUAUUUAAUCAUAGUUUGACUGCCUGGAACAGUUUGGAGUUUAACCUGGAGACAAUGCUGAUAAAAAGAGUCAAUAGCAAGGGUCUAAAAUAAAUGUGUUUUUCUAUAGCAGAUAAAGUUUUAGUUUUCAUGGUUAAUCACUUCUUUGUUUGUAAACCCAUUUGAAUCUUAAGAAGAAGGUUGCUUAGGUUCAACCAAAGCAUUAGAUUGGUAGCACCAUGGUAGGUAUAAUUAUAGUUGAGUGUUCAGUAUGACAGGUAACAUAACUUUUGGAUCAUGUACCAUGGGUUACCUUCAUGACCACUAUGUUGAAUUGUUAAGGACAUUAUACUAUAUUUUAAGGUUCACACAGUAUUUCUCAUUUUAUUUCUGCAGUCGUCACUUUAGUUUUAGCCAUCACUGUGAGCAGGUUAUUGACAGUAGUUUUAAUACCCAUGUAUGUGUAGCAUUAUUCUGAACCUUUGCUUCCUAAAUUUCCAAAAAGUGUUAUGUCAUAAAAAAUAUAAUUAUUUUGGCGUUAUAAAUAAAUGACUACAUUAUAAUUUUUUUCUGGUGAAAAACUACAGAAACGUAUGGAACUGAUACAGCUACUUUGUUCUGCAGAGAAUGUACAGUACUUCCUGUAGUGUGUUUCCCAGAUAAGUCCUCAUAAGACUUCUUUUAGACUUUUGCAUGAUUUCCUGCCGUUUUCACUUUGACACUUUCUGAAAGUGUUGAAAUUGAAUUGAAAUCCGCGACCAUUUUCAGGGACCAUAAACAAGUGCCUACAUUCACUGCAAAUGUGUGCUCAUAUUAGGAUGUGACCAAAGUUUGAGCAGGACAGAAAUUAGGUACGUGAAAGAGUAGUGGGUAAAAUGCUUUUGAAAGCCUAUUUUAUUUGCAAUAUUCAGAGAUUUAUACAUCUAUACUAAUUGUUUAAUAGUUUUCAGAUCACCAGUGUAGCUUGAGUCCCAAUAGUACAGAAACUCUGUCAUUAUAACCAGCACCCUUGGGCAACACUGCCCUUCAAAAGAUAGAUUGUAACCCCUAAGAUAUAGGGUCAGGGCCUAACAGAUGCUGGGAAUCAUUUGGAGGCUUACUUGUAUCGCAAGAAAUGUAGUGUUUACAAGAGUUUUGUGCCUUUAAAGCACAGAGUCCUUAUUUUUUUCAUUUUCUCUUUGAUACAGAAUGAUAGUUUUCUGUGUAUUCUAUUAAGAAUAUACUCGAUCAGCAUGUGGUAAUGUUGUUAGUGUUUUAUCUGUCUUUUACCAAGACAAAAUAGAUUUAUUGCAUAAAUGUUUAAAUUUUUUGAUGUUGUAAUCAACAAAGCUUGAAUGAUAGUGAUAAUGUAGUACUGUAAAAUACUUUGUUUGCUUAGAGCUGGAAUGAAGUCUUAUAGAGCUGCAUGGACCCAUAAGAGGAGAAAUGUACCACUUUCUAGAAUCUCAAAAAAUCUCUCUCUAUGGCAAGAAUGUGGAAUACUCCGAAACUUUGUUCCUUUAUUUUUCAUUACUUAAAGGGGCAUUUUUUUUUAUUUUUUUUUUGCACCGCUUUGGACAAAUGCCUUUUUAGGCAUGUUUAUAUAUGUCAUGGCCCUUCUGAUUAAGGACCUUCCCCGGAAUAUAAGGUCUCAAGCAUUUCAUUCCAUUUUUUUUAUAUUAGGAUUCCAUGCCAUAGACAUUAUAGCUCAGGAUCUGUUAUUUGUGGACUGAAGGGGUACUUCUCUUGGAGAUAUACAAUACAGAAGAGCCAAGUCAUUUGAAAAUAAGUUUUCUACAAGGGGACAACCCAUAUUCUAAUCAUAUCAAUAGACUCAGCUAGGAAUCUACAGUAUAACUUAAAGAGGUUGUGCAAUGGAGUAAUACUGAUGACCUACCCUCAGGAUAGGUCAUCAAUAUCAGAUCAGCAGGGGUGCAACCAUCGGCAGACCUACCAAUCAUCUGUUUGAAAGGGCUGUGGCGCUCUUGCAAGAACUGCUUCCUCUUCAAAGUUUACCUGCAUGCCAUCUCCUUUGCAGCGGCGUGGCUGUGUAAUUACAACUUUUCUGUCUCAUUCAAGUGAAUGGAAUGAGCAAUUGUAAUUACAGUGUAUCGUCGCCACAAAGGAGACAAGAUAGAGGUAAACUUUGAAGAGGGAGCAACGAUCACACAGGCACCAAACAGCUAAUCAGUAGGGGUGCUGUAAGCUGGACCCCUGCUGGUCUGCUAUUGAUGACAGCAAUUGUAAUUACAGUGUAUCGUCGCCACAAAGGAGACAAGAUAGAGGUAAACUUUGAAGAGGGAGCAACGAUCACACAGGCACCAAACAGCUAAUCAGUAGGGGUGCUGUAAGCUGGACCCCUGCUGGUCUGCUAUUGAUGACAUGCUGAGGAUAGGAUCAAUAUUACAAUAUAUGACAACCCCAUUAAGCUGGCCAUGCAACUUUAACUGCUGUUGGCUGACAGCUAUUCCUAGUGAACUCUCUAUACAAAUGCAUGCUUAGUUCGGCAGGCAUGUGUUUUCAAUGGGGAGUGGGAAAUACAUUGCUGAACACCUCAGAUGGUGGCUUAUCUCCCUUUAGCGUAAAGGAUCAAGCCUGUUGAAAAUCACUAUGUUCGAUCCAGUCUACGUAGCAUAUGAUGGGCUCCUGUUGGCCGAGCAUUUUAUAUACAUUAGAUGGCUUGCCCAACUUAAGUGUACUGUGUGUGACCAGCUUUAUAGGCUACUUAUCAUUUGAUAAUACUGCACAUGUAAGCAUACAUUCCCUUAAAUAAUGGGGAAGCAUAGAGUGAAAUAUACAAAGAAGAGCCAUCUAGGGGAAAAUACAUUUCUGCCUGAAGAGCCCAAUUUUGUGAAUUUAUUUUUGUAAUUAUGUACUGUACUCUAGGUUUUAUUACUCUGAAGAGACUCAAUUUGUAAUAUUAAUUAUGAUCUGGUUGCUUCCAACCAUUUGUAAUGUUUGCACUUGGGAUAUGUUUAAAAUGCAAGUCUGGAAAAAUAUUAGUUCAUUAAUACACCUCUGGCUAAUUUAUUGUAAACCCCACAACUGUUAAGUGCACAAUUGUAUAGCACUAGGGGUUAAACGUCUCUACUUAAUAUUCACAGUGCCAUUAUCUUCCUCUAGAAAUAAAGAUCCAGAUAGGGUGAAGUGUGUAUGACUAUUAAUAUUUGAAAAAAAAGAAAGUUAUCUAUCGUACACAAGAGUAAUUGGAGUCAUUGUUAUUGAUGUUUCCAUAAACUACUGCUAGUUUUAGCUCUGUUGCAUGUAUGGUUCAUUAGCACAUGGUUUUCAAAGUGCUUAAUUUAGUCAAUAAAGUUCUACUUUAGUAAUAAA